AUGGAGGAAGACCAGAGCCCGGGGCUCGGGCUCGCCGGAGAGACGCCUGGUCUCAAGCACGGCAAUGGCGUCGGCGACAGCCCGGAGGACCCUGCAGGGAGCGCCGGCGACGGCAUCAGCUCCCUGGAGAAGCCCCUGCUGAAGAGAAGCAACACGCUCACCUCCAGCCACCUCGCCAUGGUCGGCGCCAAGGUCUCGCACAUCGAGAGCCUCGACUACGAGAUCAUCGAGAACGAUCUGUUCAAGCACGACUGGAGGAGCCGGUCCAACGUGGAGGUGCUGCAGUACAUCUUCCUCAAGUGGUCGCUGGCGUUCCUGGUGGGGCUCCUCACCGGCGUCAUCGCGUCGCUCAUCAACCUCGCCAUCGAGAACAUCUCCGGCCUCAAGAUGCUCCACAUGGUCCACCUCGUCAGGGAGAAGAGGUACUGGGCCGGCUUCUUCUACUUCUCCGGCUUCAACUUCGUGCUGACGUUCAUCGCCGCCGUGCUCUGCGUCGUCUUCGCCCCCACCGCCGCCGGCCCCGGCAUCCCCGAGAUCAAGGCCUACCUCAACGGCGUCGACACGCCCAACAUGUUCGGCGCGCCGCAGCUCAUUGUCAAGUUUCCGUACUUUGGUCAGAUCAUAGGCAGCAUCUGCGCGGUGUCGUCGGGGCUGGAUCUCGGCAAGGAAGGCCCGCUGGUGCACAUCGGCGCCUGCCUCGCCAACCUGCUCAGCCAGGGCGGCUCCGGCCGGUUCCGCCUCCGCUGGAGGUGGCUGCGCUACUUCAACAACGACCGCGACCGGCGGGACCUCAUCACCUGCGGCGCGUCGUCGGGCGUGUGCGCGGCGUUCCGGUCGCCCGUGGGCGGCGUGCUGUUCGCGCUGGAGGAGGUGGCGACGUGGUGGCGGAGCGCGCUGCUGUGGCGCACCUUCUUCAGCACGGCCACCGUGGUGGUGGUGCUGCGCGGCUUCAUCGAGGUGUGCCGCGGGGGGCGGUGCGGCCUCUUCGGCGAGGGCGGGCUCAUCAUCUUCGACGUCAGCGACGUCACCGUCCGGUACCGGCUGGGCGACCUCCUCCUGGUCACGCUCGUGGGCGUCAUCGGCGGCGUCCUCGGCGCGCUCUACAACCACGUCCUCCACAUGGUGCUCCGCCUCUACAACCUCAUCAACGACAAGGGCCGGAUGGCGAAGCUGGCGCUGGCGCUGGCCGUGUGCGUGUUCACGUCGGCGGGGCUGUACGUGCUCCCGUUCGCCGUGCCGUGCACGCCGUGCGACCCGGCGUUCGGCGCCGCGUGCCCGGCCACCGGGAGGAGCGGCAACUUCAAGCAGUUCAACUGCCCCGCCGGGCAGUACAACGACCUGGCCACCCUCCUGCACGCCACCAACGUGGACGCGACGCGCAACAUCUUCUCCACGGGCACCCCCGGCGAGUUCCGGCUGGACUCGCUGCUCAUCUUCUUCGCCAUCUACUGCGUGCUGGGGCUCUUCACCUUCGGCAUCGCCGUGCCGUCGGGGCUCUUCCUCCCCAUCAUCCUCAUGGGCGCCGCCUACGGCCGCAUCGUGGCGCUCGUGCUCCAGAGCACGGUGGCGGCGAGCAUCGACCACGGGCUCUACGCCGUGCUCGGCGCGGCGGCGCUCAUGUCGGGAUCCAUGAGGAUGACCGUCUCGCUCUGCGUCAUCUUCCUGGAGCUCACCAACAACCUCCUCCUCCUCCCCAUGACCAUGUUCGUGCUGCUCAUCGCCAAGACCGUCGGCGACGCCUUCAACCCCAGCAUCUACGAGAUCAUCCUGGACCUCAAGGGGCUGCCCUUCCUAGAACCCAAGCCGGAGCCGUGGAUGAAGGACCUCACCGUGGGCGAGCUCGCCGCCGCCAAGCCGCGCACCAUCAGCCUCCAGGUCGUCGAGAAGGUGUCCACCGUCCUGGAGGUGCUGCGGAACACCGGCCACAACGGGUUCCCGGUGGUGGACCGGCCGCGGCCCGGCCUGUCGGAGCUGCACGGGCUGGUCCUCCGGUCGCACCUCGUGGCGGUGCUGAGGAAGCGGUGGUUCCUUUUGGAGAAGAGGAGGACGGAGGAGUGGGAGGCCAGGGAGCGGUUCUCGUCGGUGGAGCUCGCCGACAAGAACUGCAAGAUCGACGGCCUGGAGCUGACGCCGGAGGAGCUGGAGAUGUACAUCGACCUCCACCCGUUCACCAACACGACGCCCUACACCGUGGUGGAGACCAUGUCGGUGGCCAAGGCCGUGGUGCUCUUCCGCUCCGUCGCGCUCCGGCACAUGCUCAUCAUGCCCAAGUACCAGGGCCCCGAGAUAUCUCCGCUUGUGGGGAUCUUGACGAGGCAGGACCUGCGGGCGCACAACAUCCUCGGCGCGUUUCCUCACCUCGCCAAGAAGAGCAAGACGCACUGA